AUGUAUUUACUGUGACGGAAGUUUUUCGUUUCCAGUCCCCAAAAGUGAGGAAGCUAUGGCGGGGGACACCUCAACGGAGCUUCUUUUUCUCGAUACAUUUAAGCAUCAGAGUGCUGAGCUAACCAACGUGGACGUGGUGCGGUUUCCUUGCGGGGUCUUGAUCACAGAGGUUCGGGUCAUUCCUCCGGGGAUCAAAGCUCACAGUAACUUACCUGACAACAGAGCAUUUGGGGAGACGUCUCCUCAUGCCUUUCAGUUGGAGUUGUUCUUCAACAAUGUCACCAAGCCCAACAGCCCCACCUUCCACAGACUGGGCAGUUUGGAAUACGAUGAAAAUAAGUCCAUCGUUUUUCGGCCCAGUGGAAAGGUUAACACAGAUGGGCUGGUGCUCCGCGGUUGGUACACCAGCCUGACCUUGGCGGUCUACGGCACCGCCGAGCGUCCGCAUGGACCUGAGCACGGUUCGCCUCCUCCACCCCCACCGCCUCCCCCGCAACAACCAAGUGGGCUCAAGAGGAUUGUCAAACAAGAGUGGGAAAAAGAUGAACAAUAUAAUGGCAGCCCACCCAGACCAGCUCCCAGAGGGCCUCGUACUCCACCUGGACCUCCACCCCCAGAUGAUGAUGAAGAGGAGCAAGUCCCGAUGGCAGUGGGCGUGGUCAAAGACGAACCAAGCCAGGGCCGUGACGACUACCUAGAAGCCGUGUCGCCUGAAAGGUCACUGCCCGCUGAGGAGACUUUCACCGACGGCGAACCAGAGGAGGAAGAGGAAGAGCAGGAGGAGGAAGAAGCACGGACUGAGGGCAGCGUGCAGGAGGAGGAGGAGGAAGAUGAGGGUGAGGACGACGAGGAGGAGGAGAUGGAGGAAGGUGAUGAUGGUUAUGAGCAGAUUUCCAGUGAUGAGGACGACCUGGAUAAUGGUACCUUCAAGCUGCCCACCUUCGACAUAGACUACACACCUGAGGAUCUCGCUUCUGUCCCUCCUGUCCAGUAUGAUCCGUACGAACGAGAGCUCAAACCGCUCGUUUAUUUCACUCCGCCUUACAAGACUCGCUUUGACACUCAGUUGGAAAAGACCAGUAUAGAAGAGCCCAGAGAUGCUGGUGAAACAGAGGGAGCAGCAUGCGGAGAGGAGGCCGAGGCUGUCGCUCAGCUAAAAGAACUACUGGCUGGUACUGGUGAAGACAGAGAUGCUCGUUGGGUCACUGCACUGGAGGAAGCUCCUGGUCUCCUAAACAAAAGUUUAGCUUAUCUAAUUAAACAGGGACAGGGAGAAGCUGAGGAACCCGUUCGCAUUUUAGUCCAGUGGACUCUCCAAGCUUUGAGUAUGGAGAUUGCUCUCACGCAGCCGAUUGCACUCAACCUCAGACAAUUAAAAGCUGGUGCGAAGCUGGCAUCCUGCUUGGCGGAAUGUCCGCAGGGUCUCGCAAAGCUGCUGCGUGAAGGUGCCCUGAACGUGCUGUUGGAGCUGCUCCAUGCUGACCACGUCUCCUCCACGCUGAAGCUGAGUAUCCUCAGAGCUUUGGAUGCUCUCAUCAGUGCUCCUGCAGGAGUUGAGGCUUUCCUACAUGCAGGGAAUUCAGAGAAGAGUGGCUAUCAGUGUCUGGUGCAGCUGUUCCUGCGUGAAGAGACGGUCCGGGUAAUAAAUGCAGGCAACGCCAUUUUACAGAAGAGCCACACGUAUGAGGUACUCGUCAGCCUCCAACAUGCAGCUGCAGCAUGGAGUGAACCACAGCAGGAGGAGUUGGAGGAUGCUGAGAGUCCCAUGGAGGAGGAACCAUCACUGAUCUCCUCCCCUGUCAGCGAGGCAGAGCUUGAAAGGCUUGCUGGGGUUUUGGAAGAGCUUCAUCACCUGCUGGAGACUGCCCCUCACUGCAUGGUGCAGCCCCCUGGUAAAGCUUUCCCAACUACAGCCAGAAUAACUGGACCGCCAGAGAGGGACAACCCAUACCCAACUCUUUAUAGGUACAUGCACGCAUGCCAUUUCUUAGAGAGCACAAUUGUGGUGCUGUCAGCGGCCGCCGCAGCCGGACAUAUCGGGGUCACUCAAGCCGUCAAAGAGCUCCUCCGCUUCCUGUCAUUAACACAGCCUGGUCUGCUCUACCUUCUGGCCCAUGCCACACCCACCAACCUCCUGCUGCGUCUCCUGGCAUCGGUGGCAGAAUCUGAGGGCGAAGAGAAUCCCCUAACAGCAGGGGAGGGGGCUCUCGCAGGGCCUGGCUUCGGCGAAGAGGGUUUUUGCGUGUGGCUGAUGCAGGCGCUCCACGCUCUCCAGGGUGUGUCCGAACUCAUGAGCCACGUGGCCGCUGGUGGGGAUGGAGGGACGGGCCUGGAAGAAGGGGACAACUCUGACGUGCUGGGCAUGCUCCAUGCCCUUUACCUGAUGACUUUCACGCAGACUGGUCGCAACGCUGUGACUCACGUUUUCAGCCUGGAGAACAACCUGUCCUGCCUGGUGACCCUGCUCCAGCAUCACAGCAAGGAGGGACAAAGUGAGGCCAAAUCUCGUAAAGCAGUGACGUAUAACUAUGCAUGCAUGUUGGUAUUAAUGGUGGUGCAGACGUCUAACGAGCUGCGAAUGAUGGAACAAUAUGCUGCUCCGCUGCUCACUGUAGCCAAGGCAGAUGACACCAAUGCCAAGCUGCAGGAGCUCAGUAAAUGGUUGGAGCCUCUGGAGAAACUUCGCUUUGAGAUUAGCAGCAUUCCUGCUCUCAUCAACUACAUCAAGCAGAAUGUGGAAAAUGUGUUAAACACCGAGGGAAUGGGACUGGUCACUGCUCUGAGAGUACUCUAUCACAUCGCCUGUCCGCCUCCUGCCAUUGAGGGUCAGCAGAGGGAUCUGAAGUGGAGUCUUGCAGGUGUCCAGCUGUUCUCCGGGGAGGGUCUGGACACAUGCGUGCGUGUCCUCCAGAAGCUGUGCGGCGUGCUGCUGCAGCCAUGGCGCAUGCACGGGCACAUGGGCCCAACUCCGCAGCGCUGCAUGAUCCUCAGCAUAUGCAUCAGCACGCUCAGGUUGCUGCGCACCAUGCUGACAGAGCUCCUCGGCGGGGGGGCCUUUCAGUUCAGGGACACUCGCGUGGCCAAUGUUUUGGUGACGCUCCACAUGAUGGUGUGCUCCAUUCCGGCUUCGGGGCGUCUGGACGGGGAGGAGACAAGAGUGCAGGCACUCAUCGUAGAUGUGCUGCUCACCUUCACGCAGGGCGUCAGUGAAGAGGUCACUCACACAGAAGAGACUCUGGCCAGUAACACAUGGUCCCUGAUGCUAAAAGAAGUCUUGAACUCACUUUUAAAAGCUCCUGAAGGUUUGUUCUCUGGCCUGACGCUGCUGUCUGAGCUCCUGCCUCUUCCUCUGCCAAUGCAGAGCACUCAGGUGUUAUCAGUCCAGGAUGUUGCUAUAGCCUUAAACACAAGGAAACUGUGGAGCAUGCACAUACGGGUUCAGUGGAAGGUCCUUUCUGAGGUGCUGAGGUGUGUUUGCUCCACCAGCUGCCCGCCUCUCUUGACCAUGCUGAGGAGGGUCUGCGUCCAGCUGGCUGAACUGUCCUCACCCAUGGCCACACUCGUCAUGAAGACCGUGUUGGAGCUGCUGUCUGAGGAGCUGCACCUGGCAGAAGGGAAAAGUGUUUGCUGGGGCCAAGUCCUGCGUCUGCUUUCUUUGCUGGAUACUCUGGUGUCGCAGAGGGCUUGCAAGAGCUCGACCCUUCACCUGCUGUCCGGCUCCGUUUCUGGAGACGAACAGGUGGCAGACCUGUUCCCGUUGCUUCUGUCUCUGUUGGUGCCCCCGGCUGGUCACUCCUUACAACAACAACAGUGCAGUGUGUUAGUGGGGACAAUAUUGCAGUCACUGUGUGACCAGGACAUUUCUCUCGUGGUGCCUCCACCUGGUGAGAGCUGUGUGUCAGAGGCUGAACAGCUGGCUAAUGCACUUCCAGGCCGAGAAAUGAUGUCUUCAGUGUGUAAUUCACUCUUGGAGGUUUUAGGAAAUAAAGAGGCCAGCAUCCCUCUCCUCCUCACCUGCAUCAGGACAUUGACAUUUUUCACCGAGCACGACUAUGGAAUCUACCACCUCAAAGUCACUUUGAGGAAACAUGGCUUAGAGGUGUGCUCGCUGUUAAAAAGGCUGGUGGUUUCCUUCAACAAGGACUCGACUGAUCUGAUUUCAGCUCUGCUUGACUUUCUCAGGCAAAUCCUCAACACGGAAGCAACGAGUGCAGAGGAUGCCCAGGGGUCCAGCGAGGAACCUGCCUGUGUUGCUCCACGCUUGCUGUCAGGCUCAGAGAUGAAGUCUCUGCUGCAGUGGGAGGACCCAGAGUCACAUCCACUAACAGCGUUGGAGAAGCAAAUGAUGAAAUUAUCUAAAGAAGACGAUUCCCUGGAAACCAUGAUGGAGAAUGUGGUUGUUCUAAGGCAGAUGCUGGAAUCAGCCACAGAAACCCAUCCUGCAGUAGAAACUGAGCCCAUCCUGCCCGCACCUGAAACGCUGGCAGCUCAGUUUAAUCACAGGACGGUGUUUAUUCUGUCAGAAGCUCUGGAUGAGCAACUUAAGGCUCUGUGGUUUUCUCCUUUCCAAACCGAUGACAUAGAAACAGACCUGGACAUGGUGAAGGUGGAUCUAGUAGGCUUGGCUCAGGAGUGCUGUCCAGACCUGGACCUAAAAGCUGAGUUGGAGCGCUCCUUCCUAUCUGAGCCUUCUUCUCCUGGUCACACCAAGGCUCCCAAAGGUUUCCGACUGGGAAAACACAAACAUGAGACGUUCAUUACAUCCAGCGGCAAGUCCGACUACACUGAACCUGCUAAAAGAGCACACAUCCUGCCGGCGCCCCGGGGCCGGGGGAAUCGAGGAGGGUUCGGACAGAACGUUGCCCGGCCCCAUGAUAUUUUCCGCCUGCGCAAACAGAACACUUCCCGCCCUCCCAGCAUGCAUGUGGAUGAUUUUGUGGCAGCAGAGUUUAAAGACAUUGGUAACCCACUUGGAAUUCUGCCUCCGAAACGGCUGCCAAAAAGCACCCCCAAACUCCCCACCAGAGGAUUGUUCACUGGUAACAGAGGCAGAGCGACCUUUCACAACCAAACUCGCUUUUUCACUCCACCACAGCCUAAAGGUGUUCUGCUGUCAGGUAACUAUGCUCGGCGAGAUGGAGGACGCGGGUCAUCGUGGAGUGGCCAAGUUCCUGCUGUAACCCACAGAGGAACCUACAGCGAACCCCGCGGAGGUCAGAGCAACUUCGCCCGAGGGCCUCUGCCCUCCCGACAGUUGCCUGCAAGUGCUUAUCGGCUGGCCAUUCGGGAUCGAGCCACGCGAGGCAGGGGAGGCACGGGACUGUCAUGGCUUGGUGGAGGUGGAGGCGCCGGCGCCGCAGGAGGGGGAGGAAGGGGAUCUCAGGGGAGCAAGUUCAGUGGUGGGGGAGGCAGUGGAGGUGGGAGGGGCAGACAUGUGCGCUCUUUCACCAGGUAAACCCACCUGGGCAGUGACUUCAGCCUCUCAUGGGCUACAAACGGACCAAUCGGGACUCCUGUUUGCCGUAUCCACGUCUUGGUAUGGCGUCACCCUGACAUAUUUGAGACAUUUUUUUUGUCUGUUUUGUUACAGAAUAAAGGUGGCCGUAAUGGAGUGAGUGUUUUUAAUAAAGGUAAAAACAGAUAAACUGAUGAAAACAGCGAAGAAAAUUAAACAGUUAAGCUGUUUAGAAGCACUUAUUUACCUUCCCUUUCAAGCUUGUGAAGUAAAGAACAGUGAGAAGCAUUAGUAAUCAGUAAGAACUGUGUGAAAAGAUUAUGUUGAAGUCCAUCCUUGGAGAAAAGAAAACUUGUUCAUGAAUGUUCAUCUGUUUCAUUCAUCUGUUUCAUUUUGUACAAAAAGUAUAGAUCAGACACAAUUAUUUCAAUUGUUUUAGAAUUUGUUUAACAUAAACAAGAAUAAAUAACUUUUUAUAAAAUCCUGA